AUGGAUAUUCUAGUCAGUGAUGCCGAGAAAAUGUAUAUCAUCAAUGGUGCUGAAGAGGGUAUGCGAGCAGAUGGACGAGGCGUAUUCGACUAUCGUCCGAUAAUCGUUGAAACUGGUGUGCUACCAACAACGAAUGGCUCAGCACGAGUGCGCUUGGCAUCAACCGAUUUACUGAUUGGUGUUAAAGCUGAACUGACCACUGUCACAAAUUUGGAGGAGUACCGCAAUCGCAUAAAUUUCUUCGUUGAUUGCUCAGCAAAUGCUACACCGCUGUUUGUUGGUCGAGGUGGUGAGGAUAUCGGUGAAGAGGUUGCAUCAGUUUUGGACGCAGCAUAUGACAAUCCCUAUGUGUUACCCGAUCUAAAGAGUUUGAUUCUGUCGCCAAUGCAUGUUUGGAAAUUAUUUGUGGAUAUUGUCAUCUUGGAAUGUGGUGGUAACCUGAUUGAUGCUGCUUCUAUAGGGAUUUCUGAUAAUGGUGAAGAGAUAUGUAAACACAUAAGGCUCUACCAUUAUCUUUUCCAGGUGAAAGCUGCUUUGCAAAACACAGAAAUCUGUAAUGUGAGUGUACAACCAGGUGACCAAGGAAAGAGUAUUGUGGAAGUUUUAGAAGAUAAUUCAGUCUGGAAAUUUGAUAUCUCGAGGGCACCAUUAAUAGUAAGCGUUCAUAAAUUGGGUGAGGCAAAUUUGGUGGACGCAUCUUUAACCGAGGAAGCAUGUUCACGUUGUACCCUCUCGGUUGCCGUUUCGCCGUCUGUAUCCGAUUCGCGUGAGGAAGACGUAUUUGCAGAUGAGAUGACUCGUCUUAGUGUACGUAUGGUGCACAGUUUACAGAAGGCGUUGGAUAGAAGAUUAAAAGAAGAAUCAGAAGACGUCAAUGCUGAUCCGUUGCUUACGUUUCUAAUGUGA